AUGGCCAACCUGUUGCGCAUGCGCACCUCCGAUAGUGCAGCGAGGUGUGACGUCUACUGCUGCGUGGGAAUUGUGACACCUUCCUUCCAUGAAAGUGCAGCGUCUUUCCCGUUCCCUCGCAACACUUUGGAGCACACCGGUAAAGUGUCAAAAAACGAAUUGGAGUCCUCCGGCGGCGGACCUGCAGGCGACUCCGUCCGCGGCCUCGUGAGAGUGGUGCAGCUGGACCCUCGCUCUCUGGCCCGGUCCGGGCUCUUCGGAGGGAGAAGCCAGGCUCGGAGCUCCAGGCCGGCCUUCCCCGCCUUCCUGUCCCAGGGGCGGCCCGGCCCGGCCCCGAAGGCCCCCGUGAGCCCGCUGCGCCGCCUGCAGGCUGAAAGACCGGCUGAUGCGGAGCACAAGAAGAGACAAGGCCUGCACAUGUGGCAGAGGGCCGUCGAUAAAGGAAACAAGAUGGUCGUGUCUUUGCCCGCCAACCUGAAGGACGCCAAACAGACGUGCGCUGCCGUUCCUUUCCUUCAGCGUGUGACAGCAGAGGGGUGCAGCACAGUGACCGUGCACAACAAGCUGUGUUUCGGCCAGUGCAGCUCCCUGUUCGUCCCCGCCGAGGUGGAGCCAACCGGGAAGCGCGCCCCCUGCUCCCGAUGCGCCCCCUCCGAGGCCCGCUCCGUCACCGUGCCCCUGCGGUGCGGCGCCGAGGUCCGUCGCCGACGGGUGAUGCUGGUGGAGGAGUGCAAGUGCGAGACGGGUCGCGAAGACAAGAACGCGGAGGAAGCGUCGCCGCACUUGGAAGCGCUUUACGGCAGUCGCCAGAAUUGA